AGCCAGUCUAGGCCUCCUUUGGGACUCUGUGCUCUCUGAAGUUGGUGGGACAGGCAGACAUUCAACAGAUGAAGCUCUGUUCCAUCGGUUGCAUUUCUGUAGAGGGAAGAGCCUUCUUCACCUGUUGGUUUCUCCCUGUUACGACGCUAAGCAUCUGCAGAGAGCUUGCUUAUUUAUUUAUAUAUUUAUUUGAUUUAGGUCACAGGGCGGUUACGUUAGUAUGAAUCCUGCCUGUCUGCCUGUACCUGUCAGAUAAGUGAGGAUGGGACGUUCCUCCAAAGACAAGCGUGACAUUUACUACCGCCUGGCCAAAGAAGAGGGGUGGCGAGCCCGUAGUGCGUUCAAACUUCUGCAACUGGAUGAGGAAUACCAUUUGUUUCAAGGUGUCUCUAGAGCUGUCGACCUCUGUGCAGCUCCUGGGAGCUGGAGCCAGGUUUUAAGCCGAAAGAUCAAAGGAGAAGACAUGAAAAACUCUGAUGUCAAGAUAGUAGCUGUAGAUUUGCAAGCCAUGGCUCCGUUGCCGGGUGUCAUCCAAAUUCAGGGGGACAUUACCAAGGUCUCUACAGCUCAGGAGAUCAUUUGCCAUUUUGAAGGGCAGCCCGCUGACCUGGUGGUGUGCGAUGGAGCCCCUGAUGUGACCGGACUCCAUGACAUAGAUGAGUACAUUCAGGCCCAGCUGUUGCUCGCUGCUCUGAACAUCACUACGCACGUGCUAAAGAAGGGAGGGACAUUUGUAGCAAAGAUAUUCCGAGGGAAGGACAUCACCCUCCUCUAUUCCCAGCUGCGAAUUUUCUUUCCUGAUGUGACGUGCGCCAAACCCCGAAGUAGCCGCAACUCCAGCAUCGAGGCCUUCGUUGUUUGCCGAAACUACAGCCCCCCUGAAGGCUAUGUGCCAAACAUGUCCAAUCCUUUGCUAGAUCACUGUUACGCUGGAUCCCGAGAAGAAAUACACUUACGUCCCCCCGACUCAGCCUCCCAUCUGCCCUCCCUACGAAGAGGCCUGCUUCUUGAAGAAACACAAUCUGCUGACCAAGGAGCAAGUGCCCCAGCCUCAGCAGGAAAAUGCACUCCAGGAGCAGCAAGAGCGGGGGGCUGCAUGCUCAUCCCUAGAGGCCGAGGUCACAGACGCCCUGGGAAAACUGUCAACGUGACAUUAUCACAGAAACGGGGGGGGGGGGGAGAGAUGCAUACCGCCCCCUGCUGGUUCGAAAGACUUUUCAUCCUUCUUGGUUUACCUUUUGCAGCAGUGGUUCCCCAAUAGCUAAGUACUGCAGACGCCGUGUUUUUCAAAAGCCAGGCCAUGGACCCCUUACUUUUGAAAAUUUUUAAUAUCUCUAUGGUAGUUUUUGUUAGGUGAAUAAGAACAACAAUCUUAUUUACAGGCCGCCCAUCAGACUGGGUUGUCCCAGCCACUCUGGGCGGCUGCCAAGAAAAUAUUAAAAAUACAAUAAAACCUCAAACAUUAAAAACACAGACCCCCCCCUCCCCGGGUGGGUUACACAGACCCGCUGAUGUCCACAGACCACCAAUUGGGAACCACUAUUUUACAGAAUUUCCUGUUUUAUCAAUACGAAGUCCCUUUCUCCCUGACCAAAACUGUGUUGAUUUUAAUAAAGCUUUGUCACUUGCUCAGA